AUGCUAAUGCUAGUCAAUAUUCCUCAUUUGCUUUUAUUUGCGCGAAUUUUGUUGCUUCAGUUAUUGGGACUUGUAGUGUUUGGUCGUCGUCCAAUGUUAAUAUGGUGUGGGAUUGCAAAUACAUUGUGUUUAUGUUCUUAUAUUUUAUUUGAUAGAAUGACUAGUCAAAAAUCAAUUUUCUUCGUCAACCCCCAAUUCAAAUACGGCUGUGUUUUCUCCUUAAUAGCUUAUGGAAUUACUUAUGGAGCUGCUCUUGGCCCAAUAGCAUUUUUUAUCACUUCAGAACUUGUUCCCCAAAGAUUUCGUUCACUUGUGCAAUCUAUUGUUUUUAUGACUAACACGAUUAUCAAUUUUGUCUUCUCUUUCAUCACCUUACCCUUAUAUGAAAUAAUUGAUGUUUGGUCUUUUAUACCCUUAUUUAUCGUUCCCUCAACUAUUUCAAUUUGUUAUCUGAUUAAAGAAUUGCCUGAAACUAAAGGUUUUUUUGAAUUUAUUUUAAUUUCCUUCUCUUAUCCACCUCCAUUUUCUACCUUUAAUUCACUGUAA